GGCUUUCCCCGAUAUGCGUGGGCAUCGAGGGUCGGCCUGGAAUGUAGGUCAGAAAUAUUCGUGAAUAAAAAUGGGAAAUCCUGAACGAUCGCAUCAAUAUUGACGAAAUCAACAAGUACAGACCGAAAGAAUACGCUAUGGCGAAAGAAUUAAAACUACACAGCCCUGUCGGGUCGGAACCAGUUGUCUACACGUGGCCGAUACCUUCGUCGGAUGAUAAGGAAGGAGCCCAAGAAAUAAUUGACACCAUUAAAUUGGUGAGUGCAGAGAUACCAGAAUUGGAGCAGGCCUUGAAUAGAAACAUUCUGAAAAACUAUGAUACAACCAGUUACGACAGUAUGAAAAGUCUAUGUGAGAAGUACAACCGAGCGAUAGACAGUGUUUUACAACUGUGGAAAGGAACAUCAAAACCAGAUAGCCUAAUAAAUACUCAAGCUUCAACACCUUUGUUAAAACAUAUACUGCAACAGUGCUACGACCACGCAGUCCAGGACCCAGACAAACUGAACCAGUAUGAGCCUUUCUCGCCAGAGGUUUAUGGUGAGACAUCAUUUGAUCUGGUUGAUCAGAUGGUGAAGUCAAUAAAGUUUACCGAGGAUGACUACUUUAUAGACCUAGGCAGUGGUGUGGGCCAGGUGGUACUACAGGUGGCUGCAGCAACCCCUUGUAAACUGUGUUAUGGUAUUGAGAAAGCUGAGUGGCCUGCUGCAUAUGCUGAUGGUAUGAUAGAACAAUAUAAACGCUGGAUGAAAUGGUAUGGGAAGAAAUACUGCAAGUUCUUGCUGGAAAAGGGAGACUUCCUAUCAGAAGAGACAAAAGAAAAAAUUAAUAGUGCUACUGUGAUAUUUGUGAACAACUUCGCCUUCGGGCCUCAAGUUGAUCAUCAGCUUAAACUCAGGUUUGCCAACAUGAAGGAGGGAGCAAAAAUAGUGUCAUCUAAAGCAUUCUGUCCUCUCAACUUCAGAAUUACAGAUAGAAACCUCAGCGAUAUUGGAGCUAUAAUGCAGGUUACAGAGUUGUCACCCUUGAGAGGAGCCGUUUCGUGGACCUGUAAUCCAGUCACAUAUUUUCUUCAUGUAGUUGAUAGAACGAUGCUAGAGAAAUACUUCCAAAGAAUCAGAAAUCCUUCAAAAAAGCAGGUUGAAGAGGAACCAUCCAAGCCAAUGAGAAAAGAUAGAAGAGGCAGACUUGUACCUUCAUUAACUUCAUCAUUGAAAAACAACUCUCAGGAACAAAAAGCUGGCGAUAAGAAAUCUGACAGCUCUUACAAGGCAGCCAAACUUCUAGACUUUGACUCUACAAGCAACGCGAGUUCCGAAAUGACGGGUAAUGAGGAGUAUCAGGUAUAUGGCCCUACGACUCGGCACAAGUGGUCCCAGUGGAUCUCUAGACCUCCACCCGUUCAGUCUGCAUCUUCUGUUUCCGACACAGAAAAUGAGGAAGAGAUGGAGGUAAGGAGGACGCGACAGAAGCCUAAACCUUUAGCGGGACGUAAAGCACAUCUAGUUGCUAAACAAAAGAUUCAGGCUGCAAUUACAGACAUUAGUAAUGGACAGCUGAAGGAGGAUGAUAAAGAAAAGAAAAUGGUACAAAGAAGAAAGCAGCGAAAAGUGUUGUCUGCACUAAAAGCUCGUGCUUUAGCUAAAACAAAAAGCAAGGAGAAAGUGCUGGCACUGGAUAGCCUUAAUUUGUUACACAGUCACACUUUGCUGUCAACAUCAGCUGUGGCCGAUGAAUCAAUGAAGAAGAGUUACAAUGAACCCAGUAUGACAGCUUUAUCCAACUCUUACUUCAAACAGUCUGUCCAGCCCCAGUCUGUAUCUGCAUUAGAAAUGGCUCCAGUGGUUCAACAACUCAUGGAUGUGUUCCGACAACAGUUUAUGCAAUUCUUAGUGUACAUGCAGACCUCUGAGUAUAAGGAAUCUGUUACUGAACAGAUAGAAAAAGAAAAGUUACGACAGCUGGAUUUGAACUCUGAAGUGCUGAGAUUGGAGAAGCAGAUAGAGCAUUUACAGAAAGACAGCACCAAGCAACUGAAGACAAGGUUGAAAGAGUUACAGAUUGAUGCAUGUACCCCAUCAGAGUUUAUUGCUCAGGCAAGGGGUAUACUGACACAGCAGAACGAGCUAGAGGCCAUGGGCCAAAGUCUGCAAGUACAGAUUAAACAACUAGAAGUAGAAAAUCAAGCUCUGCUUGCUGCUCAAAAUCAAGCUGUAGUAGACCAUAGUUUAUCAUCAGGGAAGUCCAAUGGCAAGAAGAAUGGCCUAGUGCAGCUUUCCAAUGCUCAGGGUUACUUAGCCAAUCAGUUUUCUGAAUCACUCAGUAGAAAGAAACAACUUCUUUCUCAAGCACAGGAGCUGGAGACUCAGGUUAAACAACUACAAAGUAGCAUAGAAGUUAGCGAAAAUAUUGUAAACCAACUGCCUCAGGGACCUGCAAAAAGGACAGACAGAAAAAGGAAAAUGGAGUCAGAGAAUUUACACCCAAACAUGGCUGCCAAUAUACCGUCUGCUUCAUCUCCACCUCCAACUGUUGGAAAAUCUAACAGAAAAAGUAAAGAAAGAAAAAGCAGGAGUUCAAAUCGUGGAAAAAACAACAUAUCAAAAGCGCCAUCUGACUUGGAUAAUUCUGGUGCAGCUAAUUCUAAUUUAUCCAUUCGGAAACUUUUAGAAAAUACUAGAACAGACCAGUCAGGUAAAACUGCUGAUACAGUUCCAAAGUUAAACGGUUAUAUAGAGUCCAGUCGCAGCGAUAAUGAUCUCAAUAAAUCUCGACCUAGUUUACCUAUCAGCAUUCCAUUUGACUGUCUUCCAGGUGACAAUGUGAAAAAGGCUAUGGAACGUGUUAUAGUAGCAGGUCUAGAAAAUAGUCCAUACAGUAUCAUUGAAAAUGGAAAUAUUGUAGGCAGUGCACAUAGUUUGAACAAAACCAGUUGUGAUCAAAUUUCAGUAAAUCUUCAGGGUGAUUUAAACCAAUCCAGUAAGUCGUCUGCUUGGACGUCUGCUAAUUUUGUUGCUAAUUCUCAAGCUGGAAGUACAGUGGCGUCUUCAAAAACAAAUUUUGCUAUAGACAAAAUGGUUAUUCCGAAAAAAAGAGGACAGGUUUUAAAUGGUAGUAUAAAUAAUACAAAUGAUCUUCUAAAACAAACAUUGGUACAUAGAAUUGAACAGAAUAAAAAUUUGAAAAGAAAAAGUCAGCAAGAAAUGGACUCUGUAUCAAAGAGACUAAUGAUGAAUGGUGAGCUGCUUGGUAUGCAGCAGGUUGCAUCUGUUCAAGGUCAUGUGAUAAAUCAGGCCUCCAGUUCUCCAGAAUCACGGACGUCAACGGCAAUGUUGAUCUCCACAGCCAAUCAGCCAAUAGCAAUUAGUGCGAUACCAUCGCCAGAUCUUCAUGGCAAAAACCUUGUUCUCCAGUCUAACAGUGCAAAUUUGCAUAGUUCACCAAGCAAGCAUCCAUCAACAACAUUUGAUGCUUUGCUUGCUACUGCUUCAGAGGAACACAAUAAAAACCUUCAGGAAGAACAACAAAAACAGCAACCUCAACCCACACAGGAAAGACUAUUUCAGUCUUUUGAUACCGCUGAAAUAAAUGAUAAGGCCUCUAGAGCACAGAAGUUUGAAAGCGCGAGAGCUGGCUCUCCAAAAAGAAUUCGUCUAGAGUCUAUCUCUCCAGCUACAUCACCAAGUUCACUGUCUCAAAGUAACAAAUCUAAAAAUAGCAGUCGGAACAGGUCAAGGUCAUCAAGUCAGAGCAGUACAUCUAGUUCCCGUAGUAGAAGUCGUAGCUCUUCUCGAAGUAGUCGCAGCAGUAGUACAAGUAGCAAUGACUCCGGAGAUGAAAGUAGAAAGAAAAACUUUAAAAAUAAGACGUUACCAACACAGCCCCAACUUCCAUUGAAAUCAGUGGCAUCAACAACAGUAACAAAACCUGUUGUGACUGUAUCGCAAAACGUUCCUAAAUAUAAAAUGCAUUUACAAAAUUCUGGACCUAGCCAAACUAUUCAAAGUACUGUUGUAUAUAAUUCACAUAUAGUAGCACAGAAAAAUGCAGUUUUAAUCGGCCAAAAGGGUAACUCAGCAAUGAUUGUUCAAAAACAACAUGCAGUAAGUAAAGAGCAGAAAACAAGUGCACCAUCUAUUCAGACAGCAUAUAAAAUGAUUAAUCCAGUGGUAUCAAAUGUAACAACACUAAGCUCUAGUUUGGGACAGAAAAAUAUGACAGUUGUUAAUAAUUCAUCCUUAUCUGGAGGCGGAGUUAAGUUCAUUACUGGUAUAUCUGGUCAGCCAAUAGGAAAUCAUCAUGGUUCCCAGCUUCCUGUACAAAUGGCAUUGUUACCUCAGAGUAGUAAUGGUGUAGCACAAGGUUACCAGCUGGUUACUUUUACACCUCAAAGUUCAGGUUCCAGUAAUAGGACAGCAAGUCAACAGAAAAAUGUUGUUACAACAUCAAAACCAUCAAAUUCCAGAUCAAAUAAUUCAGGGAGUAGCAGCCAAUCAUCCUCAUCACAUGAUUUGAAACGACAACCAAGUCAGAAUAAACAUACUAGUGCUUCUAAUGUGCCAAAAUACAGUUCUGUUCAAAGUACAAGCAGUAACUCUUUACUGAUGGGAAAUAUUGUGGGAUCAACACAUUCAAAGUUAUCAGAUAUACCGAAACCGAAAGCAACACUACAUACAUUAAAUGCAGCAUCAAAUUUACCUCUUAUGUUUAAUCAUGGAUUACCGUCCCAUUUGGUGCCAGUAGCAGCAUUCCAACAUCCAUCGUCCAGUCAGACAAUUGCCACCUCGCAGCAUAAAUCGCAAAGUUCCAAAUUAUCAAGUUCAACAAAAUUGUCAUCCUUAAAUUCUGUAUCGCCAUCCGUGCAACCUCAGCCUGCCCAUACGCCUAUUCCAAGGAUAUACACACCAGGCCCAGGUGCAAACACGCCAAAUAUUUUAACGGAAUUAUCGCAUGAGCGUCAUUCUCAAAUUCAAGGGCAAAGCCUCUUAAUUCCAUCUAACCUCAGCCAGUUAAACAGUGGUGUUUUCAACCUGGGUCAGUUCUCGCAUCAACCAUUCACUGGGGAUCAUGCUGGCUUGGCCACGGUCACAGGAAUCCGGCCAAACGAGGCUGGAGAUGCACAUCAUGCAAUACGUGUUCAAGGCUACCAGGGUUUGGCCACACAAAGACUUGCGAUGUACUCUGACCAGGCAGGAGCGAGUUUGAGACCUGACUUUCCAGUAUAUAGACCAGCUGGAGGCUGGAAUAUAAGGUGAGGGUACAACAAACACUACUGGACAAGUGCUGUAUUGAAUUCCAUAGUAUCUGCAUCAUCAUUGUUCAUUGGUUCACCGCCAUCCAAUAAUUACCUCAGAAUGGAUUGAGUUAACACGAUUGACAGUGUUCGGUAACAAAGAUGGAUCUUACCAAUGCAGAUAUUAUAAACAUUUUUAUUAGACCAUGGUCAAAUCAGGGAUAUUUAUUAGCAGGUGAAAAAAUGAAGUAUUUUUUUUUUUAUUUUAUUCACCUAAUACUUCAUUAUUGGUCUUAAUUUAUAGAAAUGAUUGUAAAUCCUGUUACAAUGGAUAAUUUUGUGCUUUGAAAGUGCUAAUGUUGAAUAUGUGGAUCAUGCAAAUGGGGAUCAUCGUAAGAUGUUUUGGGGGUAUUUUCCUUUUCUGUAUCA